AUGAAGCGUCCAGCAAUAUCGUUGACCUUUCUCUCGCUCCUCAGCGCCCAGGUGCUGGGGAAAAUGAUUUUCCCCGACUGCGUUAAUGGGCCUGGAAUCUUGACGGGGAAUCUUGUCUGCAACACAUCUGCUAGUCCCUCAGAGAGGGCAACAGCCCUCAUCAGUGCUUGGAAUAUUACAGAGAAAUUGGUUAAUCUCGUGGACAAGAGCCUUGGGGCACCGCGUCUGGGAUUAGGCGCCUACGACUGGUGGAACGAAGCCCUUCAUGGCCUCGGAUUUUCUCCCGGGGUGGGAUUUGCACAGUCAGGAGAAUUUUCUCAUGCUACCUCCUUCCCUAGCCCGAUCCUAUUGUCGGCGGCAUUCGACGACGACUUAGUCCAUGCUGUAGCCGAAGUCAUUAGCACCGAAGCUCGAGCAUACAGCAAUUCGGGACAUGCAGGCCUCGACUAUUGGACGCCGAAUAUCAACCCCUAUAAAGAUCCAAGGUGGGGACGAGGUUCCGAAACCCCAGGCGAGGACCCGUUUCGCAUCAAGGGUUAUGUCAAGGCCUUGAUAGAUGGCCUGCAAGGCAAAGAGAAUGUCACAAAAGUGAUAGCGACUUGCAAGCAUUAUGCGGCGUACGACCUCGAGUACUGGGGAGGUAUAAAGAGAUACGAGUUUGACGCAAUCGUCGGAAUGCAGGAUCUAGUAGAAUAUUACCUCCCUCCGUUCCAGCAGUGCGCGCGAGACUCCAAGGUAAAAUCGAUCAUGUGCUCUUACAAUGCUGUCAACGGAACACCCGCUUGCGCUUCUACGUACUUAAUGGGGACAGUCCUUCGCGACUUUUGGGAGUGGAACGACGAGAGCCAGUACAUUACUAGCGAUUGCAAUGCCAUCUUAAACUUCCACGAGGACCACAACUACACGACCACGGCAGCGCAAUCGGCAGCAAUAUCUCUGAUCUCCGGAACGGAUAGUAUAUGUGAAGUCGGCAGCAACACCGAUGUCACUGGAGCAUGGAAUCAAACUCUACUACCAGAAAAGGUCAUCGACCAAGCACUUCGACGCAUGUACGAAGGACUUAUCCGCGCAGGAUACUUUGAUCCUCCAGACGCUACUCCAUACCGGUCUUUAUCUUGGAAAGAUGUCAACACCCCCGAAUCCCAAGCUCUUGCCAUUCGAUCCGCCGCCGAAAGUAUCGUACUAAAGAAGAACGAUGGGAUUUUGCCCUUAAAAGUCGACAAUGCCACUUCGGUCGCCUUGAUAGGUUUCUGGUCGGACGCUGGAAACUAUGCUAUGCUCGGCGGAUAUGCCGGGAUUCCAUCUUAUCUUCAUGGUCCACUACAAGCAGCACAGAAACUUGGGUUCCAUGCAGUAAAUGCUACCGGUCCUAUUAAACAGAACACCUCGGACCCGGAUACGUGGACUGAAGCCGCUCUAGAAGUCGCAAAUAAGUCAGAUAUCGUGAUAUACUUUGGUGGGAACGACAUGACGAUAGAAGCAGAGGAGCUCGAUCGAUUCUCUAUCGCUUGGCCCAGCGCCCAGUUUGCUUUGAUUCAGAAGCUUAGCGCGUUGGGCAAGCCAUUUAUCGUCGUCGAGCUAGGCGAUCAAAAUGAUGACUCGCCGCUUCUUAGUGAUGAUAAUGUCAACGCUAUUCUAUGGGCGGGUUUCCCCGGUCAGGAUGGAGGCACGGCCGUCUUUGACGUUUUAACUGGUAAGACGGCGCCAGCUGGUCGACUGCCCACCACUCUGUACCCUGCAGGCUACGUAGAUCAGGUUCCGAUGACAGACAUGAGUCUUCGCCCGAGCGAGACAAACCCUGGAAGAACGUAUAAGUGGUACGACGAGGCCGUAUUACCCUUCGGGUUCGGUUUGCAUUACACUACGUUCGAACCCUCAUUCGCAUCCGAUGCUUUUGUGGGAAAAACGUAUAAUAUCAGCGAGCUGCUUGCUGCGUGUAGCGCGAAAUACUUGGACCUCUGUCCCUUCGAGACUGUAGGCAUCUCUGUUAAGAACAUAGGAAACGUGACCUCGGACUUCGUCGCCUUAGCUUUCCUCUCUGGAGAAUACGGGCCUGUUCCCCACCCGAUCAAGGAGCUUGCUGCAUACACACGUGUUAAGGGGGUAAAGCCAGGAGAAGCAAAAGAGGCCAAGUUGGGCUUGACAUUAGGGGAUUUGGCUCGCGUGGACGAGCGAGGAAAUACUAUACUGUAUCCUGGAACGUAUAAUUUUCUGCUCGACGUGCCGACACAGGCCACCACCAGUUUCGAGUUGACUGGCGAUCCUAAAGUGUUGAUCGAGUUCCCACAGCCGCCGACUGAUCUUGGGGAAGGUAAUGGGCACGAGAAGUAUUCGCCGAAAUGAGCACCCCUAACACACGAUUCUCCUCUAAGUCAACUCACAGG